GUGUCCUACUCAACGCCAAUAAUCGUGGGGAAAUUGUACCAUACUCCGUGAUAUACACACCUCCCCUUGCCAUCCACGCUAGGAGAGGCAAUGCUGGCCUCGAGAUUGAUAUUGAGGGCUUCCUCCUCCUCACCAGCCGCCUCAAUUGCCCUCCGGCGAAUUCCACAAUCCGCAUCUUCGAGAAAGGUAUGAUAUACUCCCCCCAACUCAGAUUCAUCCCAGACAAACAUGCGACUGAUCUUCCCCCCCCCUAAAAAACACACAGUUCUCCUCCUUUGUGUUCCCAAGAUCCUCCCGCCUCCCCCGACCGCUCCCCACGGAGACCUCCCCAAGGCUCCUCCCGUUCACUUCUCUCCGCUUCAACUCGACCUCCGGUACAACCCCACCACCCUCCGAACCCACCUUCCUCCCGGAAUACAUACCAACGGCCCAAUCCGUCUCGACCCCGCUCCCAACGACCGAGCACAUCGGCUUCCUCAAGGAAUUUGGCCUGGACUAUGGCCACGGCUUCACAACUCUUGUCCAAUCCCUCAUUGAGCAUGUCCACGUCUACACCGGUGUACCCUGGUUCGGCACGAUAAUACUCAGUGUGGGCGUGCUCCGUCUGCUACAAUUCCCCUUCUACCUAAAAAUGUCCGACACAGCUGCCAAGAUGAAAGAGCUAAACCCCUUCGUCAUUCCCAUUACCAAGAAAAUGCAGGACGCGCAGAUGGCGGGCGACAAGUUAGGCAUGUUGGAGGCCAGGGCCGAACUCACGCAAGCGUACAGCCGCUCGGGAGUCAAGCGCCUCUGGCUGUUUUUCCCCAUCUCUCAGAUCCCCGUCUUCUACGGCUUCUACAAGAACCUCCACGGCAUGUCCGAUAUCCCGAUCCCUGGCCUGACGGAGGGAGGAUUUAGUUGGUUCACGGACUUGUCCGUCGCUGAUCCCUUCUACCUCCUCCCUAUGGCCACCAGCGCCGCACUGUUCACCCAGCUCUCCUUGGGAGGCGAAGCGGGAACGAACUUGCAGACAGAGAAGAUGAGGAAGACUAUCCUGAUUGUUUUGCCACUGGCCACAUUUGUCUUUACUAGCCAAUGGCCGGCGGCACUCACUUUCUACUUUCUGUGUAACUCUCUGUUCUCAUUAGUUCAGACAAUUAUACUGAAGAAUGCCUGGGUUAGGGAGGUGUUUGGGCUAUAUCCUAUGUCAACGCAAGUCGUGCCAAAUCCGCUAGAGGCAUUGCCUUUCAAAACCAUGCCGAUCCCCACCUCUGCUCCCCCAGAGGGGGUUAGGCAAAUUGGUGGAAAGGGCAGUUGGAUGGACCGCAUUACCGGUGGUGGCAGCAGCAACACCAAUGCGACAAAAUCCGACAAUGGCGGAUUCUUGGGAGGGGUGUUAAACAAGGUAUGUAUGACAAUAACUUCCCCCAACACUGCUCCCAACCCCAAUGCGCUACAAGAGCUGACAGGGGGAAAAAAAACUAGGGCGGGGACAAAGCAGCCCACGAAGCAUACGAAGAAAAGCGCCAGGCAAGAAUAGCCAAAGAGCGAGCCGCUGAGCGGGAACGCCGCUUAAAGAAAAAACGGAUGCAAGAACACGGGCAAAAUUCAGUCUAGAUAGAAUAUCCCCCAUAGACGAUGCACUAAUUCCCAAUCCAUCUAUCUUCCCCAUUAUUGUACCUCGCUCUCAAUGUUCAAUGUCCGCUUCAUUCCGCAAAAGUGUAUAUAACCUCCACUACACAAAACAAGCAAACAAACCGAAAAAAAAAAGGGUGCGGGGGGCCAAGCUCCAAUUCCCAUCUCCGUAUUUACAUCCCCCAUUUGCAAUCACCCCAUCCCUACUCCAAAUCCGUAAGCCUCCCCAAAGCCCUAUCCCCGCCCUCGCCCUCGUCCCCGCCCAUCAUCUGCUUUACCCCUACCUUCAACCCCCGGCGCCGCAACACGACUAGAUGGAAAUACCUAGCACAGACACACCUGUAAGCUUCCCCACAUUUCAAAGAAUCAUGGGAAGAAAGGGGAAAAAAGAAGGAGGGGAAAAAGCAAAACAAACCCGAGUACCCCCCCACCCCCACCGAAAUGCAAGCUCGUGCGCGAACAGUUCCCCAAAGCCCAGCAUGAGACCGUUAAUGAAGGGCAGGACAAGAUUUAUCGCGGCGGUGCGGAGGAGUUUCUGGACGCUGGGCGGUUUGUAGAGGAUUACGGGGGAGGAGGUGGUGGUGGGGGAGGAGGGCAGAGGAGAGGGGGAGGUUUGUUCGCUGGACAUUUUUUUGCCUCGCUUUUCGUUCGACCGGUUAGUUAGUUGUGACGGGUGGUGUGAGGUGUGAGGUGAGGU